AUGGCGCAAGGGACGCUGUCUUUAUGGAAAACAGAGACUGGCAAGGCCAGGAUCCACCUUAACUGCACCCUUAGCAACAACCAAUUACUGGCCACCACCUGUGGCCUUGAGACCCAAAAGAUCAGCAACCCUGGCAGCAGUGAAUUAUUGGCUGCAGUUUAUAGCCUUGAAACCCAACACCUACACUUGCUGAAGACUUCUUUAGCCACAAAGUGUCCACUGGAUGACCCAAAGCCGAUAAUGAAGGAGCUUGGUAUCACCACCUUGUCAUUUAAAAAGAAACCUCAAAUUUUCAAUGCUGAUAGUUUGCUUCAGAUUCCCAGUGGAAUCAAUGGCUCGAGUUUGUUUAAUCCAGACUGGCACUUUGGGAUUGAGGAAUAUCGAGUCUAUAUGAAUAUCGACUCUACAUGUCCGAAUUCAAAUUUCUGCGAGGACGAGAAGGAGGGAGGGGCGGCACCAUGGACCCGUGGGAGGCGAGCCUGGCCGGCGAGCCUGGCCUGGCCGGUGGGCAUCAUCGUCGUGUCUCUGCUGUCAAACGUCCUGGUGCUGAUCUGCUUUGUGCGCAGCGCCGACCUCCGCCGGCAGGUGCCGAGGCUCUUCAUCCUUAACCUGACCUACUGCAACACUCUGGUGACCGUGGUGAACAUGCCCCUGACCCUGGUCGGGGUCCUCUCUCGGCAGCAGCCCGCCGGAGACCAGCUUUGCCGCGCCGUGGGCUUCCUGGAGACCUUCCUAACCACUAACUCCAUGCUGAGCAUGGCCGCCCUGAGCCUUGACUGCUGGGUCGCCGUGGCCUUGCCACUGCGCUACCAUGCCAAGAUGCGUCCCCGCGAUGCAGUGGCCAUCCUGGGCUACACGUGGCUGCACUCAUUCUGCUUCCCCGCAGCCGCCGCCGCCCGCUCCUGGCUGGGCUUCAACCAGCUCUAUGCCUCCUGCACCCUGGGCAUCAAGCGGGCAGUGGAGCGUGCCGCCUUCGGGGUCUUCACCGGGCUCGUCCCUGCCUUCAGCUUCCUCCUCUACCUGGUUGUCCUGUGCUUCACCUCCCUCAAGGUGCCCAAGGCAGCCCGCUUCCAUUGCAAGUGCAUCAACGUGAUCACCAUGCAGACCCUCGUGCUGCUGGUGGAUAUCCACCCUAGUAUUCGAGAACAUUGCCUAGGAGUACAAAAGAGGCGGAGGCAAAGAGCAACCAAGAAAAUCAGUAUCUUUAUUGGUACAUUUGUUUUGUGUUUUGCACCGUAUGUAUUUACAAGGCUGUUGGAAUUGUUAUCCACCGUCCACAUUGAUUCUCACUGGGGAAUAUUCUCAAAGUGCUUGACUUACAGCAAGGCCGCAACAGACCCUUUUGUGUACUCUUCAUUGUGAUAUCAGUAAAAGACCUGGAAGGAUAUCCUGAACAAGAUCCUCAAAAGGAGUUCCAUCAAUUCCUCAGGUCUUACAGGUGAAGCCUACAGUCAGAAUACUUUACAAAUCAGUGAGUGA